CUGAAUAUCUUUACACUUAUGGAGAGAUUUGUGAGUGGAACUGUAAGCAGGAUCAGGAGACUGACUUGACUAUAAACUAGGUGGCUAAGAAAGACAGGAGGGAAAAAAUACCUUGAUGUUAUUUUUUCAAUCAGAUUGUUUCAUGUUUUAUCUCGCCGCUUAGCUGUAUAAAUAUUACCAUUAGUGUUGUGGAAUGGUACUGCACCUUUCAUCUGCACCCGCUGCUAAUGUCAGAUUAAAUUGGCCGUGUAACUGCAGCCUGGAGCGAUCCCUCUGCUGCAAGUCGUGGUGCACUGUAGAGGCACCUGAGCCAGUGGCAAGUGGACUAAUUCAGUUGUUUUGCUUCUCAGCAGUCUACUAUGAGGAAAGGGAGGAUAGACUGUGCUCUCUUUUUAUCACAUCACUGGGAAGAGGCAGGUGAUAGCAGAGUGAAAACAGAAGAAAGUACCAGCUUAAAUAAUUCACCACUCUACGAGUAUCUGCAGGAUUUGGGACACACUGAUUUUGAAGUAUGUUCACCUGUGUCACAGAAGGCAAAGCAAUGUGCAGUAGAGGAAGGCCAGAGAGAGAGGACUGUGCACACUGCCCAGAAACAAAGCAUCCUGUCAAAACUAGUUGAGUUCUUCAGAAGUUGGUUUCCCUUUCCACAGUAUAAGAAAAACGAUGACAUACUGCACCGAUUGGAUGUUGGAUUUCGAUUUGACACGCUCCGUACCAUCCUGCAACAGGAAGUUCUGCUGCAGGAGGAUGUGGAACUGAUUGAGUUCCUUGACCCGAGUAUCCUGUCUGCAGGGCAGUGUAAGCAACAGGAAAAUGGACAGCUUCCAACACUACGCUCCCUAGCAACUCCUAAUAUUUGGGAUAUCUCACUCUUGCUUGCCUUUGUAAGUGCCCUGCUUAUGCUUCCUUCAUGGUGGAAGGAGUCAUCAUGGCUACCGUGGGGACUGGUUCUGCUUGUGUAUGCAGUCUUUCGAGUGUGGGCCACAUGGAGGACAGCCAAGCUACAAAUGUCCCUGCAAAAAUACUGUACCCAGCUGGAAGAAACAGUAGCAAAUAGUCGAGCUUUUACUAAUCUUGUGAGGAAAGCUCUACGGCUCAUUCAAGAGACUGAAGUAAUUUCCAGAGGAUUUACCCUUUUGCUUGACAGGGUCAGUGCCGCUUGCCCACUUAAUAAAGCUGGACAGCAUCCUAGUCAGCAUCUUAUUGGUCUCCGGAAAGCCGUCUAUCGGUCUGUCAGAGCCAACUUCCGAGCUUCAAGACUGGCUACUCUGUACAUGCUGAAAAACUACCCUCUCAACUCUGAGAGCGACAACGUGACCAGCUACAUCUGUGUAGUCCCUUUUAAGGACCUGGGACUGGGACUGAGUGAAGAGCAGGUAUCUGAGGAGGAGGCACACAAUCUCACGGAUGGCUUCAGCUUGCCUGCACUCAAGGUUCUCUUUCAGCUAUGGGUAGGGCAGAGUUCAGAGUUCUUCAGGAGACUGGUACUGCUCCUCUCCCCAGCCAAUGCAUCCCCCAAGCCCUUGAUCUCCCCUGAACGGUUGCCUCAUCAUAUCCUGUCUGAUGUGACUCAAGGCCUACCUCAUACACAUGCUGCCUGCUUAGAGGAGCUCAAGAGAAGCUAUGAGUUUUAUCGGUACUUUGAAACUCAGCAUCAGUCAGGUUUUGAACGACCGACCAGAACAAAACAGAAGUCAAGAGAGUUGAACAGCCUUCAAACAGCAGUACGCAGUCUGCAGCUUCAUCUCAAGGCACUGCUGAAUGAGGUAAUAAUUCUUGAGGAUGAACUUGAAAAACUUGUUAGCACUAAGGAGACACCUGAAUUAACAACAGAAGCACACCAGGUUCUGGAACAAAAACUAAAGUUUAUUCAGCCUCAUAUGCAGGCAAGCAACAGCUGCUGGGAAGAAGCCAUUUCUCAGGUGGAGAAAAUGGGUGGAAGAAACCCAAAUAAAAAAGGCAAGCUUGAAGCUUCCUGUGAUAACCUACAGCAUACUUCAGUACCUUUAAUACAGCCUACUGUGUACAUAGAAGACAGAGAUCCCAUCCCUGAAGAACAGGAAUUGGAAGCCUAUGUUGAUUAUUCUGAUAUGGACAAUGAAUAUAACAGGGAAGCUUUUGACUGCUUUUCCCAGGAAGAGAGAGAGAGACAAAAACGAGAGAGAGAGGAAUCUAAAAGGGUGUUACAAGAAUUGAAAUCUGUACUGGGAUUUAAAGCUUCAGAAGCAGAAAGGCAGAAAUGGAAACAACUCCUAUUCAGUGACCAUGCUGCAGUGAAACCCUUGUCUCCUGUAGAGUCAUUGAAGCUCCUAAAUAAUUUGGAAUCACACAUGAAUUCAAAUACAGAAAAGCAGGACUGCAGCCAAAGUUGUGAUAAAUCUGAAGAAAGCGACUCUAAUUCAGAAGUGAAUGCUGCUGAUAAAAGCAGGACAGAAUAUUUGUAUGAAGAUCCUGAGGUGGAGAGAAACAAAGACAGUCCUACUGAAGGUGUUUCUACAGAGGCUGAAGAGACAAUGUGCUAUCAGUAUGAAGGGGAAGUUGAAGAUCUCAAGCCAAGCGAUACGGAUAGAGUAGAAGUUUCACAGCCUCCCUCUGUGGAUGCACUGCAUUCAAAAAUAAAGCAUAGGCUGGCUCAGCUUCACAUAUCAACAGAUUUUAACUUCACAUCCGGUCUGGCUGCACAAGCUGCUGCCAGGUCUUUCUCUUUUACUACAAUGCAGGAACAGACUUUUGGAGAUGAUGAUGAGGAUGAAGAGGAGGAGAAGGAGGAAGGGAAGGGGCAAGAACAUGAAGACCUGAUGGAAGAUUUUAGGUAUGAAGGUGGUGGCUCUGAGAGUGAAGGAGAAGUACAAGCCUGAUCUGAACUUUUAAAAACCAACAACAGACAAUUUGGUAGGAAAAAAGAAAAACAAAAAAAACUAACGUGGGGGUCUGAAGUUAAAAAUGCUGAAUGGAGAAAAAGAAAAAAAUAAAAUAAAAAAAAAAUUGGGAGACCUAAAUGUAAUAUGUCUUGUUCCCUAAGUCUGAGACACUAAAUGGGACUCCUGAGUAUGUGGAAAAUUUGCAGGUAAGACAACUUUAAGCUGCAACCACUAAGCAGUCGGCUGUUGCCUUUUUAAGAUCUUAGUGAUGAGUUUUGGAAUUACCUUCGUGUUUUCUGGUUUAUUUAUUUAUAUCAUGAAGUGCUGUUGUUGUUUUUCUAAAAAGAAUGAAAAACAAUGUAUUGAAUUACAUCAGACUGUCUUCUGCUUUCUGCUGUCUUGAAAUCAAAUCAAACGUUAGUUCCAAUAAAAAAAAAAAAAACAGGGCAUUUGUUUUGGAAGAAUCUGAACUGUUCCCUGUGAUCUUCCUCCACCACUGCUCGUGUCCACAGUGAGUUGGCUGAGCCACCGUAGACACUGGUGAAUCUGUGGCUUGUGAUGCUCCUGGCUAAAACAGAGUCUUAAGAAAAAACUUGAAAGGUCUUGUAUUUUAUGUGUCCUGGGGCAUGGGACUGAAAUGCAUGAAGUUGGCUGUACUUCAUGUUAAGGUUUAUAUAGAAUUUUAUGAAAGGUUAAUAAAUGAUUCAUAAAUGUUGUAAUUCAUGUUAGAGAAAUGUGUAGUACGCGUUAGGGAGGGUUUUGAGCUAAUCAAUAUAAGGUACUAUAGACAAGUAGAAGCAAUUUGUUGGGUGAGAAUUAAAUAGCUAUUUAGUAAAGCUAUUAAUCCUUUGUUAACCUUUUAUAAAUUGAGCCUUAAUAUAAUGUUUGAUUUGUAUGUUACUGUUUGUCCAGAAGCAAAAUUAUUGGACAACUUAUACAGUAUUUUCCUUAAAUGAUGUAUUUGCUUUUCCCUGAUGUUCUUUCAUUUUUCUCUUAAAGAACGACUAUAAUCUCUGUGAUUGAGAUCCAUGAUAGAACAAGAAUUACCUGUUUUCUAAGGUCUAUCUUAUAAUUUAGUUGACAUCUAAGCGUCACUGUCCACUUACAUGUUGUGCUAAGGGAUGUGGUUUAGUGGAGAAGUAUUGGUGGUACAUGGAUGGUUGGACUUGGAUGAUCUUGGAGGUCUUUUCCAGCCUUGGUGAUUCUAUUUGAGAUUAUGUAUGUUGUUUUUUCUGCAGUGGUGUUAGGAAAAGCAGCAAGCUGAUAUGGCAGUGGUCACCUCACCGAGGAGCUGGUUAAUGGUUUUCCUGCCUUCUCUUCCUUUUGCUCUCAGACGCAAAAUGAAGCGAAGGACUCAUGUUUCUGAUGGUGAGAGAACAGCCUCUUAGUGUGGAUGUGGAUAAACUUGCAGUCACAGAAUGCCUCAGCAGUUACUUAUUAACUGUCUCUUAAGGCUUGCUGAUUUUUUUAGAAUAGAGGGUGUGGAGAUGCCAGUGGUUCAGAGCAGUAUCUUUCCCUGGGUGCUGUCUUGAGAAGUAGGGAGCUAACGAAGGUUAGCAGGUUAGGAUGGGACUCUUGAUCGUAUGUCAGGAAAUGUGCUUUCUUUCAACCACACUCUCCAUCUGCUAGUAAUUUUGUGUGAUUGCUGCAAGUAUGUACGUUUUAUCCACAGUUCUUAUAGAGUUGAAUAUCAAUUUAUAGAGAAGGCUGUAUGUGAUUUAAGCUAUUCUUUCACAAUAUAAUGUCUGUCUUCUCCCUCACAGACAAAAAAGAAUGUUUUGAUGUACUUCACUAACCAGUAACACUGGAUUUUGUAUUCCUAAUUAUGUGCAACUGGAAGCUGAGUGGAGUGGAUGGGUGACUGGAAGUGGGAAUGGGAUUAGGGAAGAUGCUUCUCAAAGUACAUCCAGAAGCCAAGCCUCCUCUAAGUGGCAGGAUGUAUUCUUCUCUAGGCCCAUAAAGGUUACAAUAAGUUGAUGAAAGACUAUUUUAUUUUCUCUGUGGUAAGCAAUCGAGUCUAGAACAACUGUUUUGGAUAAGUGGUAUUUGAAGCAAUGCCCAUGCUUCUGAAAAAUAAGUCUUCCUCAUCCUUGACUUGAGAUCCUUGAUCCUUCACUAAGUGCCCGGAUGUUUUUGUUCCUAGCUAAUUGUUCUGACUGCCCAACUGUAUGUUCCAUUAAUGCUUUUCCACAAGGUCACCUACCAAUAUCUUAUUAUCUGGUACUGUGUAUCCCAAAACUGAUUCUUUUUUCACCUAAACUUAGUUCACAGUGUAGAUGGCUGUGAUACCAACCUGGAAAAAUAAUCAAAUUUAGAAUAUGAGUUAUAACUCUUUUCACAGUUUUGAGUGAAAUCAGUAGGCACAUGAGUUCUUUGCAAUGCUACUAAAAUAGAUUUCAGAUUUUACAUCUGUAAGAGAUGCUAGUUCUUCAUUCCUUUGCUGCAGUCCUUAGCAAAAGAAGGAAAACAGACCUUGCCAGCUCAUUUGGGACCUAGCUUAAAAAUAUGCUGGUCUUGGUAAUGAAACUGGCCUCCUAAGAAACCCCAUCUGCCAUUAGUUGUUCACUUUCACCCAUCAAAUGGGUUCAACACAAGUUUUUGUGCCUGUGUUAUUAAUCAGCCUACUUAGUCAACCUUGUCCAAAAAAACGAACCUUUUUAGAGUUCACUUUUACGUCUCUUAUUCCAAUGAUGCAAUUUACAGCAUUGACCCCCAAACUGCUGUAUUGGCAUAUACUGUGUUACUUGCAAGAGGCUCAGGAUUGUUCACAUUUAUGUUACUGGCAGAGACUAUGUACUGUGAAAUUACACUUCAAUGUUAGAGAUGAGUAUGCUGAAAGUAUGGCCUUUUGGAGCAACCUCUGAUUUCUACUUGGAUGGAUAUAUUUUCUGCAAGAAAAUUAAUUGAUUUGUACUCUUACUUAGUACAGUCUUAGAAGUUGUAUAAAUGAACGUCUGUGCUCACUUUCUCUCCCCAUAAUCGCAUUAUAUAUAACUGCCAUCAGGUCAUUUAUUUUAAUUUACUGAAUAUACUCCCUGCAUAAAAAUUUGGCUAACAGUCCACAGCUUGCAAAGCAUAGCUUCCUUUUAUUUCAUAACUAGGUUCUGUCUACAUAUAGUCUGUUACGAUCCAGAGUCCCUCAUGAUAAUGUCAUCUGACAGGACUGUGUGUACAUGCUGUAGAUUCCUUUAAGAACCUGACAGAUUCUUUUUCUGCAUUUAAAAUAAUGUGUAAACACACUGAACCAUGUAUUAGAGCUAAAGAGUUGUGUUAAUAGAUUGAGCGUGUCAAGGUCUAAGUGCUGUUCCGUGUUCUUUGGCUCAUGAGCGUAGGUAGGGAUUUUUGUAAAAACAGAACAUUUAUUUCUUAGUGCUUUGUAACUUUUUGAAAUACGUUAAUCAGGAAAUCCACACUAAGUAAUGAAGCAAGCCAAAGGGUAUCGCAGCCAAAAUUCUUUGUGAAGAGCAGAGCUAACAAUAACUGUAUUCCAUUCCCUGUUAGGAGCUUUGUGAAGUUGGAAAGAAACAAGCAAUGGCAUAGAAUUAAAUAAUUUCUUCCUAUCUAUCUGGAAGGCAUUCCAAAGAUGGUAUUUGCUUCUUAGGUUGGAUUUCAAUCUAUGACUACAUCUUUGCUGUAGCAUAACUUUACAGCUAAAGAUACAGGUAGGAGGCAAAGACUUAAAUGGGGACAAAGAUCUAUAACAAAGACAGUAGUGGUUCUCUUUUUUUUAGUGUAUAUCUUUGUGACACAAAAGUAAUAUUGAUGUAAUGGCAACAUAUAUUGAGAAUUACAGACAAUACAGACUCUUUCAGAUGGAGUGGAAUGUGCCUGUGUCAAUUGUAAGCAAGACUGGCAAAGGUGAGAGGUCUUCUGGUUGCACUAACAAGGCAGUUUUACUCCUGACAGAGGGUUUCUAGAUAUCACUGAGCCUUGCAUUUUGUUACAAAACCUCAAGACGACAUUUGGAAGGGUGGCCAUUUUUAAUGACAUUUCAGACUUUGCCCCGAAUGCAUUUAUGUUCACAGCACUGGAAAUUUUAUGUGCAUCUGAACAGCAGAAUUUGCAAUUGUCUUACUAAUCUCUCUGCUCGUUUAAAAAAUAAGAAUAAACGGUGGACUAUGUAGAGUUGGUGGCCUACGCUGAACUUUGUAAUCUUGUUGUCUGCCUUCUUUUUCAAACAGGAACAAGGGCUCAAGUAUACUAAGCUUUUAAAGUGUUUAGUGAAGGGCUGCUCUGCAAGUGGCUUGUUCCCAUGGUUAACUACUCUUUAGAAUGAAGAAUUUUUUUCAUAAGACAAAAGGAUUUUUUUGUAGUGUCUUAUCUGAAAAAAAUGAGCGGAGUAAGAGAAAGGCACUUGGUCAGUGCAGAGGGUUGGGCCACUCUCAUAUCUCAUCUGUGGCAGGGACUAAUAGCAGAUGGCUGAGAGAAGGGUACGAAGAAGGGAGCUUCUAGUGGUGAGCUGCUUCUCAGGGAGUUGUUGAGCCAGUGGAGGUAGCUGUCAGCUUAACAGCUCACAAUGGAAUUUUCUUCCAAACAAUUGAACAAAUUUGCUCAGACUCACAUUUGGUUGAUUAUUACUAGUUCCAAUGCCAUGAUGUGCUCAUCUUUUUAUGGUCUUCCAUGAGCUAGAUUUGUCAGUAUUAUGUUUGUUUGUUUGUUUUUUAAUUGAGCAAGCCCACUUAUGUUGGCUCAUUCACAGAGGUCACGUUUUCCACAUUUUGAUUGCUUUCCUUAGAAAUCUGUCCUGUGCUUUGAUGUAUAAUGGCCAAAGUUUGCUGCAGUGCUCCAGAUGUAACCUCAGCAGUGCUGAGUAUGGAGUAAAAAUCACCUCCCAUAAAACACAGAACCAUUAAAGUAGUUCUGAGUCCGUCUAGGAACAAAAGAUCUUCUCAGAUCUUUUAUCCCUAGAUACUGUGAUGAUAAAUGAAAAUAUUUGGUCUGAUGGAGGAGAAAUAUUUAUUCACUCUCAGCAGGAUUUGGUUGGACAGCGUUUUUCUUUGCUAACAAAACAAGGAGUUGUUAAAUCAAAAUGGUCUUUCAACAGCUGCCACCUGGUCUAACAAAAGCUAAAGAUGCCAAACAACACUUGUUUAAAUCCCAACACUUGUUUAAAUAGGUCUGAUUUUUCAGACCUAUUCUGAUCUCUGAUGAGUAGGCAUGUAUCACAGAAUACAUUAUCACACAAAAAUGUGACAGAGAAUAUGUAGGUAUCUGAGAUCAAGCUGAAGGCUUCUGACUCAUUUGCAAACUGCUUGGAGGUGUGCUUUACUCUCAUUACAUUUAAUUAUUUAAACUAUGUGCUUUUAUUCUACCACCUUGAAUUCUAAAUGCAAAAAAAAUGUGUAAUUUGAUGUUUUUGACUUGAAAUUUUGUGCACGAACCAGGUAAGGGGUAGUGGAACUGUGAUGAUAAGGCAUGACCGUAGGUAGGGUUUAAUCUGCCUUCCAUGAAUUUUUUCUGUGUGUACAGAUAAAACAAUACAGUUUGAGCUACAGCUACUCAGUAUGUAACUGUUUUGGAUUGUCUGCCUAACCUGUCACACUGCCAACUCUUAAGUCAUUGGCAGGUUUGUAGGAAUAAAAUUUGAUCCAACAGCUUACAUGCUCUGUUAGCCCAUUUCACACUUUAUGAAAUUACUCCAGGAUUUUGGAGCAGUGACUGUAAUUUAGAAGAAGAAAAGGGUUGUUACUCUGUUACAAAGUGGCUUAUUUUAAAAGGGUUGAAUUGGACCAAAACAUGAAUACUUUUAUGCAAUCAGCAUAUUUUGACCUUUAUACCUGCUCAGAUUUAAAUUUCACAGGCUUCACAGACAAUCUGCUCUAGGGGAUGCUGUUCUAUGACUGUUUAAACCAAUCUAAGCCCAGGCUGCCAUGGUGAUCUCAGUGCCUCCUUUAGUCUGGCUUUUGCAACCACUCAGAUAUCUGGGAGCCCAGCCUGGCUGAAAAUGCACUGCAGCUUUAGCUUUUAGUAUGGCUGGAUCUCUCAGCUAAUUUACUGUGUGGCUGAAGGAGCACCAGUAGCAUCUCAGGGGAGCUGGAAGGAAUACAUGCCUUGGCAAUGAGGAGGAAUGUUGUAGCUCAAAUUUAAAUCAGUGUUCACGUGCCACAGAUUGCAUCAUUAGUGUCAGUGCUGAGGUGGGAAAAACUCAACUCCUUGUGUUACUUCAUCUCCAUCAGAGGGCUGGAGCACCUCUCCUGUGAAGAAAGGUUGAAGGAACUGGGCUUGUUUAGCUUAGAGAAGGGAAGGCUCUGGGGAGACCUCACUGUGGCCUUCCAGUACUUGAAGGGAGUGUAUAAACAGGAGGGGGAAUGGCUGUUUACAUGGCUGGAUAGUGGUAGGACAAGGGGGAAUGGUUUUAAACUGAGACAGGAGAGGUUUAGGUUAGAUAUUAGGAGGAAGUUUUUCACACAGAGGGUGGUGAAACACUGGAACAGGUUGCCCAAGGAGGCUGUGGAUGCCCCAUCCCUGGAGGCAUUCAAGGCCAGGCUGGAUGUGGCUCUGGGCAGCCUGGUCUGCUGGUUGGCAACCCUGCACAUAGCAGGGGGUUGAAACCAGAUGAUUGUUGUGGUCCUUUUCAACCCAGGCCAUUCUGUGAUUCUGUGAUUACGACUAGAUCUAGAAGUGCAUGCUGACUUUCCCAGCUGACUUGAGAAAUGAAACAGAAGAUGGACACCCUAAUGGGGAGUACUACAGUCAAAACAGAAGUAAUGGUAUAUAGCAAAGUCAGUAUACACUGAAAGGCUUUUAUAUGUAAUCCUGCCUUGCUGAAAAACACCAGGCUGUGUUAUGGAAAUAAUGGUGAUUUUAAUACAAGGUCCCAAAAUAACUGUCAUUAGUCAACUUGACCUGUGCACAAAUCUUAAUAUUUAAAGACUGCUUCCUGACCUUCUCCAGCUGCACAGAUAAGAAAUGAAAAUAAUCUCAAAUUUCCAAAUAGAGAGUGACCAGUACUUUCCAUUAGUUUGUGCUACUAAAAAGACAUCCAUUCUUAUAUAAAUGAAAAGAAAAAAAGAGUUAGUGCUUAAUAUAAUUCUUCAGUAGUCUUUAUUAACAGUCAUGCAUUUGAUCUCAAUAGAAGCAGCAUAAAUUAGGAUUGUUUAUAAUAUUUGAUGUGUGUUUCUAAAAAUAAUAAAAAUAAAAGGCUUUAAAUGUAAUAUGGGAUAAAAGCCAGAAGUCUAUUAAUUGUCCUAGAGAUCUUUCAUCCAAAGUCACAGGUGGUCAAAUUUAAACAAGUUUACGCUGUCAUUUUUUGUGCUGCUCGGUAUGGCACUGUUCUGAGAGCUUUUAGUAUUCCUGGGUGAACGCUCACACAGUCUGCAUGCGUGUGCUUGAGGUCUGCAAGGGUUGUGGAGAUAUGCAUACAUCAUGCAACAGCACUCAGAGAAACCUGUUCAGGAGCAAGAAGCUUCAAAGGCAUUUGAGGCUUAUUGUCUCUAUCUUGCUCUAUUUCCAUGUCUCAUGCAAUUCCAAGUUUUCCUUUCUCAGCUUUCGUCUUCAUAGACCUUGCAAACCGAUGGUAUUUUGUUUUGCUUUUCAGUUUCCCACCUUAGUUACUAUUCUAUAAUGCACCAAGUUGUAUAUUCUCUGUAGAAACAACCAUUAGUCACCAUACUUCAAAGCAUAAGGCCAAGGCUUGCAAGGGCCAGAGCAGCUCUCCUGGCCUGACCACUUCUAGGAAGAGCUGUGGUGAGAUGACAGACUAGGGGCUGAGAUGAUCCUGCAGCUAUCUUUCAAAGUUCCAGCUUUUGCUAGGUGUUUUCUUUCCUCCAGUGGUCCCUCUUAGCAACAACUCUCUUCCAGCAUUCUGCUACAAACUUUUUAGGAAAUUGGCCACUUUUCUGCUUUGUUUGUAAACACGUUGUCCAAACCUGAUGAUGUGACAGAUUAGAAGGAACCCACAUGGAGGCACUGCUAUGCAUUUCUUGUCAUAAACUCAUAAACAGAAGGAUUCUUAUAGCUGGUAAUUUGUCUGUCCUGACUUUCCUUCCAGGGACCUUUACCUGCAUUUCCUGGCCCUCCUGUUCCUUUAUGGACUUCAGAGCACUCACUCCUCCAUGGUCAUAAGAUGGUAAUGUCUCCCCAGCAAGUCUGAUCCUUUAACGUGUUCAUCACUACAUGAACUCUACCUGUUCUUUCCAACAGGAAGGGUGCACAGAAUAGGCUGAGUAGGAGUUCCUCUAAAUAAACUUGCUUUUUCCUGCAGCAGGGGAGAGAAUGUGCUCUCUGUUGCUGUGCCAAUGUGCUUUGGCCCCACAGCUGCCUGUCCGGAAGCUCCAGAAGCUCUGAAAUCUAAGCAGUUGUUCUUAAACCUUUCCCACUGCCAUAGAGCGUAUGUGUUCACAACACAAUUGCUACUGAAUCUCCUCUGAAUCCAAAUUGUUCUGAAUUUUUAUCGAGCAGCGUGAAUGGAUUGUUUCUAAAGGGGUUUAUACACACGUGUGUACGCACACAAACACACACACACUUCAUAUAGUACAUGUGCAUUGCCAGGUAUCACACUGAAAGUCUCAUCUAGCAAAGAAGUCGUAUUUUUAUGUUAUCAAACUUUCAAGUUACUCAGAAGAAAAGCUUAAUUCUUGUUUAUCUAACGGAAGAGAAUUUUCUACCAAGUAGGCUGCAUGGAGUUACUUAAAAUGCACCCUGCUUUUACACCAUUAGUUAGAGAAGCUAUUUAACCAAGUUUUCUCUUACCAGGGCUUCGUACCUGAGCUGCUGUGAGUGCCUGUAUGCCCAUGUGCCCUGCCUUAAGCCUCUAAACAAAUACACUUUUCUCAGCAUUUCCUGCCUAAGUCUUAGCAUUUCCCAAAAUAAGGCCUAAGGGCACCCUAGAUUUCCAAGAAAACCAAAGGAAAAGAAAGAAUCUUGAUAAGCUGCUUUUUAAUUGGUUAAUAAAUGAAAGCUAAGCUAUAAGAGGAAAUGUUUGAAAGAACAAACUGCAACAAGAGACUUCUGGCAGGGCUACAGAGGGAAUUCACACAUGAUACUCUCUGAAGUUCAGACGCUGGAAAGGAUCUACAAUUCCUUUUCAGUGUGGAGACAGGAAAUACUCACCAGACUGGUAGUCUUCAGCAGCUCUUAAAAAAAGAGCUAUAUUUUAGCUACAUUUCAUUGCCACAGAAAGAUUCCUGCUGUGCUGUUGUAUCAAGCUGUAUGUAAAUCUAUCUCCUUUUUAUUUUCUUUUUUUUUUUUUCUUUAAAGCUGAGUACGAUGUCAGUCACUUUCCUUAGGCGGCACUGAAAAAUCUGGUUUGGCUCCACUGGGGGCCUCUUCUGCACCCAGCCUGCCAGUUGUUGGCAUUGCUUUAAGCACAGUGUUGUUCAGAUCGGCCUCAAGCAGGCUUAGAUAAGCAGUGCUUUAAAGCAGGUGUGAAGCCUAUGGGCUGUCCACAUUAAGGCUUUGAGAACUAAAACCCUGGGUUGGAUGCCAGGAGCAGGAGGACAUGACCCACUUGUAUUCCUGGGCUUCUGCCCUUCCGUUGGGACAGAGGUGCUUGACUGUGAAAUUCUCCCCAGUUCUCAUCUUUCUCUUUCUCUUGCUUUUCCAUUUUAUAUCAUUCCUUUUUUCCCAAGGAUAUGAAACAGGACCUGAGGUCCUUUGCCAGUUUUAGAAAGCAUUUUCUCAAUUGUAAUUUUAAUCAUUGUGAAAGUACUUUGUGUUUCUAUUAUUUCUUCAGGGUCUGUAAUAAAAGUCUGCUUCACUAUUGCAUGUGUGACCCUUUCUCCUUAUAUCCCUGACAGCUGUCUAGGUGGCAUGAGUACUGUUUACCUAUCCUUCAGUAAGUAAUGAUUGAAUGGAAGAGGGAAUGCUUUUACAGCAUCGCUGCGUAAAUGCUGUAUCAGCGCUGUUGUUCAGUCUCUUAUGCAGAAGCUUCUUUAUAAUUUCACUUUCAUCCUGAAGAUGAAAUUCAUUUUAAGCGAUCUUGGCUAUAGUUAAUUCCUGCAGUGUAUUUUGCUGGCUCGUUAGUACGAGCACUUCAGUAAUGAGCACUGGUUACUCCUGUCUGUGUAAGUGCUGACUGAGGAAAGAAUGUUUUUCUGGGUGUCCUAUGCUUCUGGCUGCACUUUCCCAUAAUCUUUCAGAGACCCAUAUGCUGUGCAACCAUGUGGUGAUUAUUACCAAAAUCCCUUUUAGCAUUACGUAAGUGGCUCUGUGCAUGGGGCUUUAGGAAUAGAAUAACAGAAGACCAAUAGCAGGUAGAUCUUUAACCUAGGAACCGGGCUUAGAUGUCCUGCAGGAGAUACUUUUUCCCAUCGUCUAUUUGUAUGUUUCCUAAGAAACAGACGUUUUCUGUAUGCUCCAGAAGUGCCAAAACAUCGUGGCUCACUCAUAACGCUUAGACUUGAAAGUAGAACAGGUUGCCCGGAGAAGUGGUGGAGUCUCCUUCUAUGGAGAUAUUCAAGACCAGCCUGGACGCCCACCUGUGCAACCUAUUGUAGGGAACCUGCUUUAGCAGGGGAUUGGACUCGAUGAUCUCUUGAGAUUCCUUCCAGCCCCUGUGAUUCUGUGUGGUUUAUGAACAGAACAAAUGCUUGUAGGUUCUCCUGGUGUUAGGAGCUACGCUGCACAUCUAUUCCUGUAAGUCCUCCCUGUACUGGCUCUGAGGUUAAGGACCGCUCUUCCCACUGCUAUGACUCACCCUCACCUAAUUCAUGUCCCCAGAAAGGAAUCUGUAGAGAUGAUCAGGGAAGAAGGCAAGGAGUUUGACCUUGAAAGGCAAGGGGAUGCUUAGUGAGGCAGGACUAUCUAUUCUUACAUGUUUAAUAUUGAUGCUUAAUUGGUGCGUGACUUGGUAGUACAAAAGGUCUUGCUUAUUCUCUGCUGUUUCCUGCUUUGUUUGUUUGUUUUCACAUGCAAUACUGAACAGAUCCAAUUGCUGCUGUUAGAAGAAGCUGUCUACCAAGAGGACUCCACAGUGUUUUUCUUGGAGAUUUUUUGAAUGCUUGCCUCUGUGUGUUCUUCAUAAUUGUACCAUAUGCAAAUAUUCUUCAGGAAUUGAUAUGACCACUUCAGAUAGUCAAUAUUUUCUAUGUAAGAACUGUAUGUUUCCUAUACUGCCACGAAUGUAUAUAUAUCUAUGAAGACUUAAGAUUGUAUCUUUUUGAGUAUGCCUCUUUUCUUCAACCAUCUGGAACUUUCUUCCUGUUCUCCAGUUCUCUGCUGAUUUAUUAGACACUUGUGUUAUAUUGUGUACUAUUUUGUAUCAGCUGUACCUCUGUUUCUCCUUUCGCUCAUUAAAACCUGUUCUUCUCAUC